UAGAGGGCGCCGCGCAGGGGCUUCUGGUCCCGCCGUAGGGGUCGCCAUGGUUACGGGAGAAGCGGUUGGUAGCGGUUGAGGCGGAGGGAAGCGGUCUUGUUUUAGGUCUCAAUUCUGCAAUCGGGUCCCUGUGAUUGUACCUUCCUGCCCACAAAGUCACAGGUUCAAAUGUCUGCCCACAUCAAUCCAACUGCAGGACUGGAGUUUUGGUCCUUACUCAUGCAAUACUCCCAUUGAAGCCACUGGAAAUUUUGUAUGAGUAAAAGUAAUAGGAUUGGCUAAUAGGUCAUACCCUAACUUGUCAUCCAUCUAAAUGGCAGAGCUUAAAAUGCGACCACCAUAUGGAGAGACUGGUCCAGAAAAGGGAAUCAAGCAGGAAGUUAAUGAGCAAGAUAUGUCAGAAGAGUCUCCAAGUGAUUGCAGAAAUGGAGAUAUCCAGACAAACAAUGAAAAUAGUCUUGUAAAAACAGAACUACAGUCCCAAUCACAAGAUGUAGAGCCAGAGCCUGAAGAGGGAAUCAAAGAUGAUGUGACUGUACAAAGGAAGUCAGAAGAGAUUUUGAAUGAUUACAGUACUGGAGAUACCAUGAUAGCUGUAAAAACAGAAGAUACUAAAUCUGAAGAGAAAACCAUGUACACUGUGUCCAAAAUAUAUCAACAUAAUGAGCAGCAGUCAGGUGGUGAUCAUAAACCAGUGACCAAUUCAUCCAGUGUCAAGGCAGAAGAAAACAAAGGUUGCCUUCGAAUGACGAAAAAGCUCCUGCGAGACAUCUGCAAACAGCAAAAAUUAUACAUGACCCCAAGUUUGAAUGAUACACUAUAUUUACAUUAUAAAGGAUUUGACCGCCUUGAGAAUCUUGAAGAGUAUACAGGAUUAAAGUGUCUAUGGCUUGAAUGCAAUGGUUUAACAAAAAUUGAGAACCUGGAGGCUCAGACAGAGUUGCGCUGCCUGUACUUGCACCUCAAUUUAAUUAAUAAAAUUGAAAACCUGGAACCCCUGCAAAAGCUGGAUUCGCUCAACCUCAGUAACAAUUAUAUCAAGAUUAUUGAAAACCUCUCUUGUCUGAGUGUUCUGCACACUCUGCAGAUUGCUCACAAUAAGUUACAAACAGUGGAAGACAUACAGCACCUGCAGGAGUGCCCAACCAUCUGUGUCCUUGACCUUUCUCACAACAAGUUAGAUGAUCCAAAUAUUCUAAAUAUCCUGGAGACCAUGCCUGAUUUGCGUGUGCUGAAUUUGAUGGGAAAUGAAGUGAUUAAGAAAAUUCCUAAUUAUAGAAGGACACUUACUAUUCGACUAAAACAGUUAACAUACCUGGAUGAUAGGCCAGUUUUUCCAAAGGACAGAGCCUGUGCAGAAGCCUGGGCCAUGGGUGGGCGUGAAGCAGAGAAGAGUGAAAGGGAAAAAUGGGAGACCAGGGAGAGAAAGAAGAUCCAAGACAGCAUUGAUGCGCUAACAGCGAUCAGGCGAAAAGCUGAAGAGAAGAAAAGACAAAGAGAAAAGGAAGAAAGAGAUAUACUUAGAAAGUGUGAAAAUAGAGGCACAACAGAGGCCCAGGAAGGAGAGGUUCCACCCACAAGUUACAGCAGCGAUGUGACUAACAAUACUUCAGGGAUUUCAAAUGCUUCUGACGAGACAGAAACUCAGAAGAUUAAGAAAUUUGUAAAUGAAAGCAUGGAGGCCCAUGAUGAAGUUUUAGCUGAAACAUCAAGUAAAGAAGAGCUGGAUCGCCUGCAUACUAACGUUACUGGUAACAUUCAGAAGGAUGGGCAAGAAGCUAAUUCUCACAAAUACCCAAAUUUCAGUACUAAUGAAGAAGCGAUACUAGUAGGGAAUAUGGCUACCGAAGGUGCCCUGGUUACUGAACUGGAUGAGUCUGCAGAAACAGAGCAAAUUAAACUGGAGAUACCAGAGAAGCUUUUCAUUGAUGAACUGCCUGAUUUAGAAGAUGUGGAUGUUAGUGAAUUCUCACCAGUAGAGGAAAACUCAAUCAGAAAGCAAGCAUGUCAUCCAAAGAUUGAAAUCAUUUCUGAAGUGAGUGAUGACAAGGACUCUGCUUCAGAGGAAAACAAAACCUUAUUUGGGGACUCAAUAACCGAAGAGAUCCCAACAGCCAUCUUUUCAAAUAUAUGUAAGGUACCUGAAGACAGUCAAAGGGAAACCACAAGACUCCUUGUAGAAGGUUUAGCAGAGCCUUGGAGUCCAGAGAGAGACUUAGAGAUCAAAGUCAAACAAGCCAAACCUUUGAAACCAUUGAUACAAGAGAUUAUUGCUGAACCAAUGGAUGAGAUACUGACAUCAGCAGCCUACAGUAAAGUGGAUGACCUAACCCCAGAGGAAUUGGACAACAAAGACAGUCACAUCAAACCCUCCUGCCCUGAGAACAGCACUGAGGACAAAAUGGUGCAGUGCCUGGCAGAAAAUGGAGGAUCCCCUCAUAAACCACAACAAGAUAACGAGGACAUCGAGUAUGGGUUAGAUUAAGUGAUGAAUAAAAAUGGACCAAAUAUGGAAUACACCAUCCAGCCCACUAUUUGUGGUUACUCCUACAGUGGGUCCCUCAGUAAAACACCUGAAAAUACA